AUGCAUUUCACUACAAUCUUAUCUGCCUUUGCAGCAGUUUCAGGCGUCCUGGCAGCUCCCGCUCCAACUCAGCUUGAUACUCGCGCUGUAGUCCCGCACAACUCCCUCAACCCAAUCCGGACCCGCCUGCAAGGAGGAGCGAUUGGUCGUGCCAUUCUGAGGUUCCAGCCCUUGCUUCACAUUGCUCACGGCUGCCAGCCCUACACUGCAGUUGACGACAAUGGCAACACCAGUGGAGGUCUCCAGGAUACUGGAAAUGUCAGCGCCGGAUGCCGUGACCAAAACAAGGGCCAGACCUAUGCUCGAGCAGCAUGGCACAAGGGCAAGUUCGCUAUCAUGUACGCGUGGUACUGGCCCAAGGACCAGCCAACCGCUGGCAACGUCGUAGGCGGCCACCGCCAUGACUGGGAGAGUGUUGUCGUCUGGAUUGACAACCCGGCGAACGCCAAUCCCCGUAUCCUCGGUGCUGCUGCAUCCGGCCAUGGCGGUUACUCGCCCACCACGCGCCCCAACAUUCAAGGCAACAACGUCAAAGUGGAGUACUUCGUCAGGUUCCCCUACAACCACGCUACGCAGUUUACCAACACCGUCGGUCGCACCUACUGGAUCAGCGACUGGGAUGCUAUGCCGACCGCUGCUAGGCAAGCUCUUGCUCCCAGGGACCUCUUUGGAAAGGCAAAUGUACCUUUCAGGAACGACGUCUUCGCUAGCAACUUGGACAAGGCUUAUGUCUAG